AUGUUUGACAAUUCGUUUUCCUCUCUCCCGCAGCACGCCUUCGACCUCCCUGCAAUCCAUUGUGCUCGAAUGGACGAGAAGAAGCAGAAGAAACAUAACAAGAAUUCGAAGAAGCCUGAUGUUCCCCACAGCUUUUAUUUUUAUCUCGUUUUGAGGUUUUUAGCAACGAUCUGCUGCAUUAUUGUAGUCUUCAUAAUCGGUCUAAGCCAAUAUUGGACAAACCGAGUUUCUGCAGUUUUUGGAAUGCUCUUUGUGAUCAUUGCGUUGCUUUUUUCGGCGUCCGCUGUAUCUAUCCUCUUCAUUUGGGAUGUCAAUACAACAACAAUAGUCAAGAGAUGCUUAUUUUCAUUUGUCUACGCACUAUCUAUUCUAAUAGCCGCCGUGAUGUUCCUUAUCGCAAACGAUGGUUGUGAUCCUCGAAUGAUUUCUCAAUUCGGUUGCUACCAGUCCGUUUCCACUGGAACUUUCCAAGUUUCAUCCGCUUUUUGUUUCCUGAUUUUUGUAUUUGGUCUCCUGGAUCUGGGUCUGAAUGCAUUCUACUUCUGGCGGAAUUCAAAACGCUCCCCAAUUUAUGACUAUCCGCCGCCAUCUGUUGCCGUCGUUGAAACGGAAAAAACUAUUCAUGACAUCUACAUGGAAUACCAAAGAAAAGGACAAACUACUUCAGUUUGA